GUUUUCCAUUGGGGAACUCGGAACUGGAACCCACUGGGUACCCGCCUCAAUCCAACCAAAAGCAAAAGUGUUUGUUUUACUGGCGACUCACUGGCUCCUAUCAUUUCCAAAUAUAUUUCUCUUUUCCAUUUCAAUUCAUAAGGCCUUACAAUUUCACUCCUCACUUGCUUUUGUCCAUUUCCUUUCUGGGUCUGUCUCCGUCAUGUUUUCUUUGAGUUUGUGAGAAGCCAAACACAAAAUGGCGGGAAAAGAGCGCGAACAACAGCUGUUGGAUGGCGGGAGUAAACUCCUUAAUCCACCAUUUUCCAUUGAUGAACUUCUGUUUAUUCUUGAAAGAAUUGAGGUUUCUCUCUCACAGGUGGAGCAAUCACCACGGCAAUCUAUGGUUGCUGCACUUUCACCUUUAAGGAAUGCGUUGGUUUCUGAUAAACUUUUGAGACAUUCAGAUACAGAUGUGAAAGUCUCUGUUGCUGUUUGCAUCAGUGAGAUUAUACGAAUAACAGCUCCACAUGCACCUUAUGAUGACGAAAAAAUGAAGGAAAUAUUUCAUCUGAUUGUAGCUGUGUUUCAGAAACUUUCUCAUAUGUCCAGCUGCUUUUACUCAAAGGUGGUGUCAGUCCUUGUUACCAUGGCAAAAACAAGGGCAAUUUUAGUGAUGAUGGACCUUGACUGUCAUGCUUUGAUUAUUGAGAUGUUUCAACUUUUUCUGAGAAUUACUAGGUCAAACAACUCAGAAAAAGUGUUAGCUGCCAUGGUGACAACAAUGACAAUUGCCAUCUUGGAAAGUGAUGAUAUUUCUUUGGAGAUUCUCAUUCCCAUUUUAGCCAGUGUGAGAAAGGAAAAUGAGAAUGUUUUCCCAAAGUCAUGGAAGUUGGGGAAGGAAGUCAUAAAAAAUUGUGCUGCCAAGAUUGAACCUUAUAUUUUGAAGGCAGUAAACAGCUUAGGAGUUCCUGUGGACAGUUAUGAUCAAAUAGUUGGUUCUAUUUGCCGAAAUGCUGAUGGUAUCAAGUCUUAUGAUCUCCCUGGUUCUGCUGAACAUUUGAUUAAUUAUGAAAGACCACCUGCCCAGUGUAUUGGUGGGAAGAAGAUUAGGUGCAAAACUACACCUGAGAAUCGUGGAACUGAAGAAACUAAUGACAAGGGACAAUCAGUGGACCUUCUGAGUGCUGGUUCUUCACUUAAACUGUGCAUGCGGCAACAAGCUACUUUCACAAAUACUUGUUCAGAUCAAUCUGUGAACCCAUGGAGUUGUCAUGAAGAAAAGCAUCAGAAUCAAGAGAUGCAGAUCCCACCCUCUGAAGACACAUUUGCAGCUAAUAGUGGAGGAAACAAUGUAAUCGGAACGAUGAUCGUCCAGGGCUAUGAGGUCAAGGCUAGUGUUGCACCUAUUCUCACAGCCAUAUUUGCCAAGUAUGGUGAUAUCGCGGCUACUUGCCAGUACAAGUCACCAUCAAUAAGGGCUUGUUUGCUUGAAAUCGUCUCUGAUGUUGUUCGCCGACUACAAAGCACUGACAUUCCUCUCACUGUAUCUGAGAUUAAAGUCCUCCAAAACGAAAUGAAAGAUUUGGAGGCUACAAAGCUAAAGCUUUCAUGGCUAACUCAACCAUUAGAAAAAAUUUCUGAAGUAGAAAGGAUCGCUGGGAUGCGUUCGAUGCUCAAAUCAGUGAAAGCAAGUAGCAUGCUGGUCAUAAAAGCAGCAACCAAGGAGCUGGAAGAUGCACUGGUGGAGCUAGUGGCGCUGCAGAAACGCAUGGGGGAAGCUGAAAAACGUGUAAAUGCAAUGAAGCUUGUGGUGCAAAAGGUUGAUGAUGCCAUUAAAGAGGCAGAGGAAGAGGAACGUCACUGGCUAAGGAAUAUGAGUGAGCUUCCAUAGUGUUUUUCUGCUGAAACGAAUUAACAGAGAGUAGUUGAUAUGAAAUAUCAUUUUGUGAACAAUGAGGCCUAAUUUUCAGCAACUGCAUUUUAGUAACCACACAAUUCAACUGCAGUCUAGGCUUGUAUAUGUUGGUGUUGGUUGUUCCUGUGUGGUUGUUUUGUUCCUGCCAGUUGGUGAAAGAAAAGAAAAAUUAUUUAAUUUUCCUG